AUGGGCAACACCAUCGGCGGGCGGCGGAAGGGCGCCAAGGUGAUGCAGCUGGACGGCACGGCGUUCCGGGUGAAGCCGCCAGCGUACGCGGGCGCGGUGCUACACGACCACCCGGGCUUCCAGCUCCUCGAAUCCGAGCAGGUCAAGCUCCUCGGCGUCCGCGCGCGCCCGCUCGAGCACGACGCGCUGCUCCGCCCGGGCCGGCUCUACUUCCUCGUCGCGCUGCCCAAGCCCGUCGCCCCCCCGCGCCGCGCCUGGUCCGGCGCGCUCCACGUCGGCGCGCGCGAGCGGCUCGAGUCGCUCAUGCUCACGCGCCGCUCCACCUCCGACCUCACUUUCCCCACCGGCACCGCGCCGGCGUCCCCCGCCGCCUCCGACGGCGGGCCUGUGCAGCUCAGGAUGCGCCUGCCCAAGGCGCAGCUGGCCAAGCUCGUGGGCGAGAGCCGGGACUCCGCCGAGGCCGCCGCCAAGAUCAUGCAGCUCUGCGCCGCCAACGCGGCUGGGAGCGGCGCCGUUACGCCGGAGAGGUUCGCGCCACGGACGCCCGAGAGGUUCGUGCCCACGCCGGACUGGGGCACCGGCGUUCGGCUCCCGCAGACGCCCGAGCACAGCCCGCGGUUCGUGCCCACGCCCGACUGGGGCGCCGGCAGGUUCUCCCAGACGCCGGAGCAGAGCCCGAGGUUCGCCGCGACGCCCGAGUGGGGCGCCAGGUUCAUGAUGCCGACGCCGGAGAGAGAUACCGGCAUGAUGGCGAAGACGCCGGCCGAGAGGUGGUCCGCGCUAACCGGCACGCCGGGCGGCAAGGCCAGCCGGAAGGAGAAGCGAACGCGGUUCGUCGCCUUACCAGACGAGAUAAUCGCCUGACCGUUCCUGCAUUGAAACGAGGGGAGCUAAUACAUCGCAAGAAUGUUGGUGCACCUUCAGCUUAACCAGUCAUGAUGCUUACAAGAUCAACCACAGAUAGCCGAAGUCGGAGACGUUGCGAAUGGUUUCCUGCCUCGACUCUUCCUUCUUCAGGGUCAGAGAUUGUGAAGGAGAAGGAGAUGGUGAAAGGGGGAUAAGUGGUGAAGAACUGAAGACCGGUCCGGUAUAGCUGCAUCGACCAACUCGAAGGCUCCAGCUCAGUUAAUCGGGGGGAUUCACACAGUCUACAUCACCUCGUGACUACAUUGACAAACUGUAACAACAAGAUCUAUGAGUUCCCAAACUAACGUUAACUUGAGGCCUCCGACACCGAGAAGAGGGCUCACCAAGAGCAGCGAUUAUAUCAAGCGUAGGAUGUAAAUAGAGCUGAAAGAUUUCGACUUCUCUAUAGAAAUACAGAAACAAAACAUAAAUAUGAAAAUGAAAACAUAUUUCUUUUGCGGAAAAGGAACUACGUUUUCCGGGAGAACAAAAGCGGCCUGAUACGGAAUCCAAAUAUGUCAUUGCCAAGCCAAACUGUCAAAGUGGCUCAUCCCAAAACAGACGACCAUGUAAUCCUUUUUUUGUUCGAGGAAGCUUCCAUGGUUCCACCAUUCUUCCAUUCCUCAAUAUAUUCAGCACUCACACUAGGGUUAGAGUUGAGGAUUGUCGGUUUCUUGUGUCGCUUCAUUUUGGCUUCAAGAUUCAAGCAGUCUCUUGGUUCUGGCAAAUAUCCGUUUUUUCACUCCGUGUUCGCACCGUAUUUCUUCUGCAUCUACUUCUGACAAUAUAUGUUUUCGAUUUUUUCCAGAGUUACACUAUUCGUACAUGAUUCCGCAAAAAAAGUGCCACCACUCUAUCUGUCAGUUUGGGCUCCAUUUUCAUAUCUAGUCAAGUGAAGCCGAGAGACGGAAGGACCUAAUCAACUAGGCCAGGAUUCUUCACGCCAGCCCCUCACUUACCGAAUCAAGUCUUUUUGAAACGGAGCAAAAGCUUUGCCCAGGCGCAUUAAUAAUUGGGAGAAGUUUUACAAGACAAACGAUACACGGUACCUGAGUGUAAAU